UCAAGUUUUGCACCAGGUGACCAGUCAGCAGACAAACGCCACUUUUCUUCACUGCUGCAGAACAGACAAUCAAGCUUUGCACCAGGUGACCAGUCAGCAGACAAACGCCACUUUUCUUCACUGCUUCAGAACAGACAGUCAAGCUUUGCACCAAGUGACCAGUCAGCAGACAAACGCCACUUUUCUUCACUGCUGCAGAACAGACAGUCAAGCUUUGCACCAGGUGACCAGUCAGCAGACAAACGCCACUUUUCUUCACUGCUGCAGAACAGACAAUCAAGCUUUGCACCAAGUGACCAAUCAGCAGACAAACGCCACUUUUCUUCACUGCUUCAGAACAGACAGUCAAGCUAUGCACCAAGUGACCAGUCAGCAGACAAACGCCAUUUUUCUUCACUGCUUCAGAACAGACAGUCAAGCUUUGCACCAGGUGACCAGUCAGCAGACAAACGCCACUUUUCUUCACUGCUGCAGAACAGACAGUCAAGCUUUACACCAGACAAACGUCACCUUGGAUCCUUAUUUCAGAACAGACAAAUGAGGUUCACUUCAGACACUCAGUCUGCAGAAAAACGUCACCUCGGUUCCUUGUUGCAUAAAAGGGAGACGACGAGUAUUGUGGCAGAGGACCAGCCUGCAGACGAGGGUUAUAGCAGCCAAGGUGUUGAAGGGAGUGAGCUCGAGGAGGAAACAGCCAACCACCCGAGACGAAAGCGGUACAUCGGGUCGCUGGCCAAGAGCAACAACAUGCCUUAUCCUUACUCCAGGUCGCGCCAAAACCGACGCGACGCCCCAAACACGCCCGCAGACAACGCCGCUUACCUCGAGCGUCUAAUACGUAUGGAAAUCCAGAAAGGCCUCUUGAGGAAACGCCAACGGCAGAGCCUUCUUAAUGGGAACAGUAAAGUCAUCGCCUUGAUCGACAGCUUGAGAGCCUCUCCACCAAUACCGGACAGCAAGAGGAGUAUACAGUCUCUGGCCAGGAAUGGAAACCUCUACAUGCACCGAGCCUACAAGCGCGGAUACGACUCCUUGGACGACGACGCGGAUAACGACUACUUCCAACAAGAGGACGACUACACGGACGAUGAUCCUAUGGACGACAACACCCCUCAGCACGUCACAGUCAACAAACGGUUCUUAGGGUCGUUGGCUCGCAGCAGCUGGUUCCCGAGGAGGUACCGGGGCGGCUACAGCUUCGACCUGAGGAAGAGGGUGUCGUCAGUAGUACCGCCACCUGACGAAGAAGACGACGAUGACGUAGAUGAGGCCCUGGGGGAUAACGGGGCCUUCUUCACCUACUCCUACUAAACUUAACCUGACCUGUCUUAACUUGACCUAGCUUAAACUUAACCUAACCUAUUCUUACUUGAACUAAACCUAACUAACUUUUCCUUAUGCUAACUUAACAUCUCCUAAUUUAUCUGAACUUAAACCUAACCCAACUUUAACUUAUUCUGAUGUUAACUUAACCUAACCUAUGCGUAACCAUAUCCAAAGUUAUCCUAACCUAUCCUAACUUAAAUUUAACCUGACCUAAAGUUAACCUAACCUAACCUAACCUAACCUAACCCUAACCUUUCAGAGAAUUUCGUUCACUGUUGCCAGAAACUAGUCAUAUAGUUUACACCCUUCCAAGGCAACACCGUCGACAUACACUGUUGCCAGAUGCCAGUGUAGACCCCUCCACUUCAAGCAGCAAGAUCGUUGACAUGCACUGUUACCAAGACAGUCGAAUGUAAACCCUAUAUUGUCGAUAAUCACUGUUGCCAGAAACCAGGAUAUAAUCACACCUUCAAGGCAACAUUUCCAACAUGUCGACCAGCUGAAUAAAACAACAACAAAUACAAACAAAUAAACAAGUAAACAAAUUUGUUAAGAUUAAUUCCGACCCAAGAGGAUGGUGAUGGUAGCUGUACACGACUAUAUAUCUCUCUCUCUCUCUCUCUCUCUCUCUCUCUCUCUCUCUCUCUCUCUCUCUCUCUCUCGAUGCCCCAAGUAUUAUGAUGUCACUUCUUAACAAAAUCCGAAUUCCUUUCUUUUUUUUUGUUCCUGCUAGUGUCAUGUAAUGGUUUAAUUCAUAUCUUUUAUGGUGAGCUUAAACCAAACCUAACCUAACCUAACCUAACCUAACCUAACCUAACCUAACCUAAACCUAACCUAA